AUGAUUGUCUCAAGAUAUGUCCUCGCUGCCGCGAUCGGUUUGAUAACGGCGAAGAGCUCCGAGUCGGCCAACGUGGAAUCAUGGUGUGACACUUACCCUGCAAACCAGGUUCAUUGUUACAAAGCGAUCACCAAUAUCAAAUUAGAGAAUGGAAAACUUCCGGGGAAUGAAUACGAAAUAAGGACCAUAUCGGACAGCUGCAGUCUCAUCGUUUUCAAUAGCUACCUGAUUGAAAAUAUCACCCCGGCUGACAUAACAGAAGCCGUUACUUUGCAUUUUGAGAAAUGUCCCCACAAAGCCGGUAUGAUUACCUUACCGAGUAACAACAAAGUCACUGUACAGAUCAAAAUCCGUGCCCCACCUGAUUCAGAGUGGUCCGCAUGGAAUUCGGAUGCCGAGCUCAACAAACCAGCCUACCAGAAAUUCCCGGUCGAUCCCCGGACCGGGUAUAUGAUAGAGCUCGUACCGACACCAAUAUCGUUGGUGCUAAACUCCGGAUCAUGCCGCGUACGAAUAAGCACCACCGACGGGUCAGAUAUUCAAAUGAAUAAGAAGGAAGUCGACUCAGCCAUCAUCGGAAUGAUAAAGAAAUGUGGUAACCUGCCCGGUGUUGUCAAUGUGAACGGAGCCGAGGGAGCAAAUGGGAGACUCUUUGUCCAAACACUUCCUGCUUCUCAUAAGUAG